UAAGGAAACCGAACUGAUGGUUCAUGGUGUCUCCAUUUGUGUUUGUGUAGACUGCUGAGCGACGGAAAUUUAAACCGAAAUCUGUGAUCAUCGGGCUCAGUUCUCAAGAUAUUCUUCUCUUAAUACGUUACUCCGACUCUCCUACAUUUAAUAUUUUGAUUCCCUGGCAUUGUAACCUCUGAAUUACUUGUUCUCUGCCUAAUUUUGACUUGAAAACUGCUAAGAAUAAUGGCUUGCGCUACGCUGAAGAGAUCUCUGGAUUUUGAUCCAGUUCACAACGGAAGACAAACCAAAAGAAGAAGGUGCUCGCCUCUUCAAUGUGUGUCUCCAAAGCCAUCAACUUCAACGACCAACGUCGAAGAGAAACCAUCCAUUUUCGAGCAGAACGCUUCCAUCAGAACUGAUCGCAUCGCUGCUGACUUGAGCAAUGAAAUUAGACGUUUGCAAAGGCUCAACAAACUAAAGUUAGAAGAAGACUCUUCCAAAGACUCCUCCUCCUCUCAAGACAGUGGUCCAGAGUCACCUGACAACACCAGUAGAGUCUCCAGACUUCUCACAACCCAAGAAUGGGAUCGCCCCCUGUAUACCCUCAAACAGGUUGAGAUGAUUUGUGAGCAGAUCCUGAAAGAGCGAGAAGUUGAGCUGAGAGAGGAGUAUGAGCGUAUUCUGCACUCAAAACUGGCUGACCAGUAUGAGCAGUUUGUGAAAUUCACGACUGAUCAGCUGCAUCGCUACAAACCCCAAACUGAACCUCCAAGCUACCUAUCGUAAUUCAGCAUAACGACAACAGACAAACUACUCUCCAGUGCUAUGGAUGCAUUUGUACACUAGAAAAGUCAAAUCUAACUGCUUACUGGCAGUCGAGAAACCAGCCUUAGCAAGUAAAAUGACAAGGUCUAGAGCGUCUGUAUACUACUAAAAGAAGGGAUUUUGUUUGUUGCUGAAAGUCUGAUUUUUAUACUUUUAUUUAUUUCACCCAUGCUGAUUGGCUUUUUGCGCGCAUUCAACAAUUUUGAAUCCAUUGCAGUGUAUUGCUGCUAAAAAAUAACUUGACAGUGUUUCCAUUCCACAUUUUUUGUUUUUGUGUAGUGAGAGUAGAUUCGAUAUAAAGCAUUGUUUGCAAUAUCUGUAUAUAAUAUAACAAGAUUCUCACAAAUAGUGCCAAGUGAUCAAAUUCUAAAUUAAAUCUAAUCAUGCUGUAUAAAUGUAUCUUAAAACCGGGUUAACUUAUCCUUUUUUCUGUUUUCUUCAAAGUGGGUUUGAGUUGUUAAUCACACUUAAAAGGAGAUUGCUAAACCAUCAUUUGUUAACGAUUGAAGGGGUAAACUAUUUAAUUUAGUAGGGUUUCCUUGUAGCACCUUUAAUUUUGUGUGUAGUCUCAAAAGCAUGAAUUUUGUCAGAUGAUAUGUGCACCUAAUUUGACUGCCUUAAUUCUAUGUAUGUGGAGUUCGCGUGUGCGAUACCUUACAGAAAUCAAAAUAGUAAGGUUGAGGAUAACAAGAGCUUCAGACUGUGAAGUGAACGAGUGUGACCCUUAGUGAUGAGUUGAGAUCAGGAAAUGACAUAGCUGCUAUCCUGAUCUUGGAGCCAAAUAUUUUUGCUUGCUCCAUUGGUCAGAAGUCAGAACCAAGAUGCUGUUACCUUGUCGCAUCCUGAUCUCCACUAUUCUUCUAAGACCCAAAGUGAGAGAUGCGAGUGGCUGAAGAUUUAUUUUUGAGGAAGGUGCAUUGUGAUUUAGUGCCAUCUGUUGUCACGAAAUUUGUUUAUUAAAAAAUUGGCGAUACAGCGUCAAAUUAAAUAAAUGAGUCUGCCUUCCUUGUCCUUUCUUUGUAUCUAAUUCAUUCUUGUGCAAAAAGCAAGAGUGUUGAUCAAUAAUUUUGUUUAAAUUAAAGAUACCUCUUGUGGCACACUAUAGGAUUAGCUUAAUGUAAGGUUGCGAUAACUUUUGUAAAUUUUUGCUUAAAAAAAGAAUUUGUAUGGAAAUGUGUUUUCAUUUGCAAAUAAACAAUAUGCACUUACGCCUCAA